UGAGCUACAAUGUAACUAGCGCUCGUAGUGACUGGGAUUGAUCUAGAGCUUCAGAGCAGCGGGAUCGAAUCCCCCGUACAGCCUGUCUCUCAGUUUCUCUCUUCUUUUCUUUUUUCCCUCCCCCUUUCCCCUCCCUUCUCCCCAAACCUUUUCCCCCAUCCCUCCGAUCCUAGGGUCUGACUCCCCUCAUCCCUGCAACUGUAAAUAUCAAAAGAUACCUUUUUUAUUACAAGCAAGCUUUCUCCAGAAAACAGCAUUUAUCUAGAAAAUCCACAGAGGGGGGGGGAAUCUCAUUUCGCCGCCUCUCUUCUUUUUCCCCCCCCUCCCCAUUCACGGUUUGUUUUAAGAUGAUGGGCCCGAUGCAACAGAAUGGGACUCAUAUUGAACUGGACCCCCCCGAUUCCAGGAAAAGACCGCUGGAAGCGCCGAUCGACGCCGGUAGCACCAAGCGGACAAACACGGGAGAAGAAGGCGAAUUUUUCCUGAAGGUUUUGAUCCCUAGUUAUGCUGCAGGAUCUAUAAUUGGAAAAGGAGGCCAAACGAUUGUCCAGCUCCAGAAGGAGACCAGUGCCACAAUCAAACUCUCCAAGUCCAAAGACUUCUACCCAGGCACCACAGAGCGGGUAUGUCUGAUCCAGGGGACGGUGGAGGCACUGAACGCUGUCCACGACUUCAUCGCUGAGAAGGUCCGUGAAAUGCCACAGAAUGUUGGCAAGACUGAGCCAGUCAACAUUCUCCAACCUCAGACCAACGUGAACCCAGACCGUGUCAAGCAAGCGAAGUUGAUCGUGCCCAACAGCACGGCGGGGCUGAUCAUCGGGAAAGGUGGCGCGACCGUGAAAGCGGUGAUGGAGCAGUCCGGGGCUUGGGUGCAGCUGUCGCAGAAGCCCGAGGGCAUCAACCUGCAGGAGCGGGUGGUGACGGUGAGCGGCGAGGCCGAGCAGAACCGCAAGGCGGUGGAGCUGAUCGUGCAGAAGAUCCAGGAGGACCCGCAGAGCGGCAGCUGCCUCAACAUCAGCUAUGCCAACAUCUCGGGCCCGGUGGCCAACUCCAACCCAACCGGCUCGCCUUACGCCAACUCGACGGAGGUGCUGCCGGCGGCAGCGGCGGCGGCAGCGGCGGCUUCGGCGGCAGGCCUGCUGGGCCACGCCAACCUGGCGGGGGUGGCGGGCUUUGCAGGCGGUGGCGGAGGAGGAGGAGGUGGCGCCGCCGGCCUGUCCGGCUUCACCGGCAACGACUUGCUGGCCAUCAGCUCGGCCCUCAACACACUGGCGAGCUACGGCUACAACACCAACUCGCUGGGCCUGGGCCUCAACCCGGCCACCGCCACCGGGGUCUUGGCGGCAGUGGCAGCCAGUGCCAACCCUGCGGCCGCCGCCGCCGCCAACCUCCUGGCUUCGUACGCCAGCGAGGCCUCGGCUGCGGCGGCGGGUGGAGGAGGAGGUGGAGGAGGCGGCGGGGGAGGCGGCGGAGGGGGCGGAGGCAACAACCCUGGCAGCGCGGUGGGUACCUUCUCCCUGGGCUCCUUGGCGGCCGCCACCAACGGCUACUUCAGCGCGGCGUCUCCCCUGGCGGCCGGCUCCAUCCUGGCGGCCGAGAAGCUGGGCGAGGCCUCGAAGGACGUGGUGGAGAUCGCGGUGCCCGAGAACCUGGUCGGCGCCAUUUUGGGCAAAGGCGGGAAGACGCUGGUCGAGUACCAGGAGUUGACUGGCGCCCGCAUUCAGAUCUCCAAAAAGGGCGAGUUUAUCCCCGGCACCAGGAACCGCAAGGUGACCAUCACCGGCACGGCGGCCGCGACCCAGGCCGCGCAGUAUUUAAUCAGCCAGAGGAUCACCUACGAGCAAGGGGUCCGUGCCGCCAACCUCCAGAAAGUCGGUUAGACGACGACAACAUCAACGACGACGACAACAACAACACCACCAACACCAAACCAAACGAGGUGCCGAAACAGAAAGACAGGUUUCCGUUUUUUUUCUAAAAAAAAGAACUGAAAGGGGCUUAUAUAGUACUUGAUUCUAAUUAAAACGUCUUGUAUUAAUAUAUUAUAUGACAACGUCAGAGAUCUGUGUAUAUGUAAAUAAUGUUUACCACUCGUUUCCAUGAAGACCACUUCUUGAUCCUCAAUCUCUUCUUCUUCUCCCCCCACCAUUUUGUUUUCUUCCUCUUUUUCCCCAUCCCACCAAUCUCUCCCUAUCUUUAUGGCUCCCCCGCCCAGUCCCUGGUUGUGGUCCUGUUGGAUUUGACCAAAAUGUUGGCCUCAGAUGGGUUGUCCGUCAGUUGCCCUCUGAGGCCAAAGUGGGAUGGGAUGCUGCGUGCGCCUGAAAUGACCUCCAUUCCUACACCCCCUCCCCAUCCCUUCUUAUUCCUGUCCCACUCUCCUGUCAUCCCUGGCCCUCCCUAGUCUCUCCUCGAUGCCCCCUCCGCUUGCCCCAUUGCCCACACUAUCAUCCCCUUCUCACCUCACCUCCUCCAUGUCCCAAUUCAAUUCUUAUCCUCCUCCUCCUCCUCCUCUUUCUCCGUCCCCGACCGCCUUCAUCUUUCUCCAUCCUCACUUGCCCCCCCAUUUCCUCCUCCCCAUUUCCCCUCCUUUCACCGUCACUGUGCCUUCUCCCUCUCGCCCUCCUUUUCCCUUCACAUCUCCUUUCCCAACCCCCACUCAACCCUUAAAACCCCUCCCUGCCUCCCUUUCCGCCAAGACUCAAUCUUCACCCCUUCCCUCCCUUGCUGCUCCUUUACCCAUCACUGACCCUCCCCCUUCUUGAUCUCAUUCAACUCCAAUCCUCUUGCCCCUCACCACCUACAGCCCUCUGUUAACCCCUUCCUCCAUCCCCACCCAACCUCAGCUCCAUCACCAUUUCUACCUUCCCCUUCCCCUUACUUCCCACUGCAUCCCUUCUCCCUAUUCCCUCCCCCAUCUCCUUCCUAACAUCCCCAUCCUUUAUCUCCUUUCCCCAUCCACCUUCUCCCUCAUCCUGCCAUCCCUUCCUCUGCCUGCCAACUUCCCAUCUACCCGUAGUGUAGACUGGGUGUAUCCAGCUGGAUGUACCCCUGGAUGCUCUGACAAGGGUUCUGCCCUCUCUAGUGGCCAAGCACCACAACGUUCCUGCCGUUGAUAGAUUGGCACAUCCAUCAUGGUGUCACUUUGCUUUUUGACUCCUGUUGGACAGGCGAACUAACCUUUCAACCCGUACCCCCUCAAACAUCCUCAAUUGCCCAAUCCCCCCCAUUCCUGAUAUUUUUAUUAUUCGGGAAUUAAAGGGAUCUACAAGAAUGAGGGAAGCAAAACGCACAAUGCCCCUGAGGAGUUGGUUAUUCCUAGGUCUUGUUCCUGGCAAGGUUGUGGGGGAAUUCCAGGGCAGCCCUGGAAAUGUUGGCAAUUCUGCUCUUCAUCCCAAUCUAAUGGCAAUGUGAAAACACCAGCAAUACUUAUCAUAUUCAAAGUUUCGAGUAAAACGCCACUCUUUUUAACCCCCCCUUGCUUCCUGGGUGUUGAAAGGAAAAUAGCUUGGGAGUCUGGCUUAACCUUUCUGGGAGCGUUUCUGGCUACAUCGGCCCAGUGGCAGAACCUCAAUGAAUUUUCACAGAAACUGAGAGUUGAAAACUAUCAGCAAAAUUGACCAGGUUGGAGUAGUUUCCUCUAGAAAGGAGAUGGUUGACAUGUGACCAGAUUGCAGCCUUUAAAAUUUUGGAAGAAUUGAGUGGACCGUGUGUUAGCAUCCCAAAACUAGCACCCAGCUUCAUCCUGGCUCUUUGAAAGAGCUAUCCAGUUUAGAUCCUCACUUUUGCUGGUAACUUUGCAAACUAGAGAGGCCUCACUGUAAGAUAGCAGCUGGUAUAUUCCAGUGAUAAUUCAGGGAGAACUGCUUUGGCCAGAAUGUGGGACUGGCUGCCACAGGGAGCAGUAAUAUAGACUCGGUAUAUUUAAGGGAAAGAUAGAUAAACACAUGAGGAUGAAGAAAACUGGAGCAGAAACUAAAGUUGCUGGAAAAAUUCAGCAGGUCUGGCAGCAUCAGUGGAGAGAGAAAUCAGAGUUAACAUCUUGGGUCCAGCAGCCCUUCCUCAGAACUGAGAAGCAAGGAGGUUAUGUCACUAUGUUGAGAUGGGAAGUGGGUUGUAUGAGGUUGGUUUUGUGAUCUGGUCUGUCCUCCCACUCAGGCCUUUGCGAACGGCGGUGGCAUUUGGUCAAAUGCUCCAUAAAAACGAUGGGUGCAAAAUAUUAGACAACAGCGAGAACAUUCCCUCUGCAAAGGGUAAACAGACUCUUGUAGGAAAAGAUGUGAUGUACACUGGGCCUGUCAGUUCUGUUGGAUAAGUUAUGACUGACUCAGUUUCCUCUUGGUUUGUAUCAGUUUUCAUCACCAUUUAUCCAAUUGUCUUUUGAACCGAUUCCCACGUCAGUGCCCUCAUGGUCGACAGAAACAAGUCAAGACUAGCAUUUCCAGCAUCAAGCAAGCCACACUGACCAGGAAUAAGUUCACAAUUGCAGUGCGUUGCACCCCCACUAUCAGACCCUCAGUUAAUAAUCACUCUUUCUGUUUCACCGACCCUCAGUAAAGCACUCUGUUAUAAUACUCCCUCUGACACAGUGACCCUUUUUGUGAAACUUUCAGUUAUAAUCAUAAAAUCCCUGCAGUGUGGAAGCAGGCCAUUUGGUCCAUCAAGUGCACACCAUGGCAGAGUGGCUAGCAUUGCUGCCUCACAGCAGUACCAGGGACCUGAGUUCAAAUGGCUGUCUAUGUGGAGUUUGCAUGCUGUCCCUGUGUCUGCGAGGGUUUCCUCCAGGUGCUCUGGUUUCUUCCCAUGGUUCAAAGAUGUGCAGGUUAGAUUGAUUAGCCUUGGGAAAUGCAGGCUUAUGGAUGGGAUGCUCUUUGGACGGUCAAUGUGGACUUGAUGGGCCAAUUGGCCUGCUUCUACACUGUAGGAAUCCUAUGAACUCUCCAAAGGAUGAGCCUCUACUGCAUUUCCUCUGGCUAAUCCAGCUAGCAUGAACACUAUGGGUAAUUUUAGCAUGGCUAAUCCUCCUAACUUUUGGACUGUGGGAGGAAAUCAGAGCACCCGGAGGAAACCCAUGUAGACAGGGGGAGAAGGUGCAAACUCCACACAGACACUCACCUGGAGGUGGGAUCGAACCUGGGUCCCUGGCAUCGUGAGGCAGCAGUGCUAGCCACCCCACACCUCCUGUUACAUUUACCUCAGUUUGUCUCUCCGUUAUAACACGUUUUCUGUUACACUGACCCUCCAUAUACAGCUCUAUUAUAAUUACUCCAUUGCCUUACCCGGUCAUGUGCUAUGUCAACAGUUUGAUUUUAUCUGCACUUCAGUCAGCCUGACAGCCAUCAAUGCAAGGGAAAUGUAUCCCAGUUGUUAGACUGAAUUUCCCCUGUGUGAUUAUGUCUGUAUUCUUUUAUUGCCACACUCCUUGGGGUAUAGAGACAUUCUUUAACCUUGUAGUGCCCAAAUAACAUCUGCUUCUCGCCACACAGGCAGUCCUGAUCCACCUGACCUUUAGAUCAAGCAGCCCACAGGUAGGACAUGGAUUUGUACCUGAUGCAUUUUCACAGCAUUGGAAAGAACUAGCGUCUGUGAUUCCGUACGGUGACUAAUCGAGCUAUAGUUAUCCAAGGUUGAGGGUCCAUUAGUCGACAGUCAGUUAUGGUCCUGGAUUCUGAAGGGGUUUGACAGGAUGGACACUGAAGAGUGUGUUUCUUCAUUGUUGGGGAAUCUAGAACAUGGAGGUCCAAUCCCAGGGCAGGGGGGACUGAGUUGAGGAGAAAUGUCUUCACUCAGUCUUCUAAGUCUUUGGAAUUCUCCACCUGGAUGUUUGGGGAGGUUCUGUCAUUAAACAUAUUUAGAACUGGGGUAGACAGAUUUUUGGAAAUCAAGGGAAUGGGGAGUGGAUGGGAAAAUGGAUUUUAAGCCCCCAUUCAGGCGUUAUCGUAUUGAAUGGCAGAGUAGACUUGAUGGUCUCCUUGUGUUUUUCUACCUGAGGUCUCCACAUAAGUGUGUGGUGUUUAUGGAUCCCUAGGUUUGCAGGUUGAUGUUCCUCCAUGAACAGUUCACUUCCCAGCUUCAAGGAAAAGACUCCUUCCCACCUCACCAUCCCUGGAUUUCUUCCCACAUAAUUUCAAUUUGCUGUUUGAGUCACUCACUUGCGUCCAUCUAUGUAUCCCGGGGACUGAGUCAUGAGAGUUACAGGUGUCUGAUGGGUGGACGGGGUUGCUAUUUGUGAUUAGGCUGCCUCCACCUUUCUCUUUGUCACUGGGUUUCAGUCUGAUGUGACCUCCUCUGCCCUCAUUUACUAAUACAGUACCUUCAGCACUGCUCCACUUUGCCACAAACUGUGACCUAUAUCCUGCCCAAAGACUGAGGUUACCCUGACUGGCAUAGUUAUUUAUAGAACUACAAACCAGAACAUCUUGAGUGUAUUUCUCUAUUCCUUGUGAGCACAUCGUAUGAAUGCCUGUAGGGAGGGUGGGGCAAAGGCUUGGGAUCUGAUGAGGUACUGCAGCAUUGAAAGGGGAGAGAGAGUGAGAGAGACAGAGAGAGAGAGUGCUGCAGCUGGGAAUUGUUACCGUGAUAACUCCCAGAGUCAUGGAUCCAGAGAAUUAGAUUAGAUUAGAUUCCCUACAGUGUGGAGACAGGCCUUUCGGCCCAACAAGCCCACACUGCCCCUUGAAGCAUCCCACACAUCCCUGAACACUACGGGCAAUUUAGCAUGGUCAAUCCAUUAAACCUGCACACCUUUGGACUGUGGGAGGAAACCGGAGCACCCGGAGGAAAACCACGCAGACGCAGGGAGAAUGUGCAAACUCCACACAGAUAACUUGUUUUGACUUUACCCUCUUCUAGACCAUAUCCUCCCCUACCUUUUCCUCAGUCUGACCUCCUGCAUCCUCCUCCCAUGGUGAUUUGGAUGCUUCCAAGCUAACGUUCAGGCUGCCAAUUGGGACUCCCAUGUUAGCAGUUUGCUGUGGGCAUUCCCAACUCUACUACCCAUUCGCAUUGUGUGUGCCCCUUUCAUUCAGGUGCCAUCGCAGUUGAUAUUCCACCAGGUCUUUGGCUGAGGCAUUCCAUUGAAUGUGAACUUUUUGCCUCUAAUAACCACCCCCACCCUCAGCCCAUCUGCCAAACCCUGGCUCACUCCUCCCUCCCCACCUCCACUUCCAUUGAACAAACUGAAACAAAGAGCUGCAGUAUUAAACCUAAAGAGAAGCAUUGAGCAACAAGGGCUUUGUAACCUGGUGCCUAUGUGAUCUUGAAUCCUCAAAGGGUCAAAGGGCUCCACUCUGAGAGUCUUCUAGCCACUGAGUAAAGGAGACCUGUGAUACCUUCUCUUGGACCAGGAGUUGCCCAUUGAGUGCCCAACUCUCUUCUACCGUUCAGUUAGAUCAUGGCUAAUCUGUGUCUCAAUUCCUUGAUUCCAUGGUCCGGCCUGGUCAAAAUGUAGUGAACUCAGUUUUGAAAUUGUGCCAAAUUUGCAAAUGUGUGCCAAAUUGCCAUACCUCAAGAGACUGUCUCCUUUAUGACCCCUAUGGCCAUCCUGUUAGGAUCUGUACAACCAGUGAAAACUGCCCUUGGUCAGAAAGAUGCAAGCUGUGAUCUCAAGGGAGAUCGCAAACCUCUCAUUCAACACUUUCUUUCAGUGCUGGUCCAGUCAUGCGUAAUGUUUAACUCCUGCAGUGAUGAUACCUCUUCAUCCCUCUAUCCAUGAUUCCCAAAAAACAUAGGAGCAAAAAUUAGGCCAUUCGGCCCAUUGAAUCUGCUCCAUCAUUCAAUCAUGGCUGAAAGUUCCUCAACCCCGUUCUCCUGUUUUCUCCCCAUAACCCUUCAUCCCCUUGAUAAUCAAGAACCUAUCUAUCUCAGUACUAAAUGUACUCAAUGGCCUGGCCUCCACGGCUUUCUGUGGCAGUGAAUUCAGUAGAUUCACCACUCUCUGGCUGAAGAAGUUUCUCCUUAUCUCCAUCCUAAAAGGUCUCCCUUUUACUCUAAGGCUGUGCCCUCGGGUCCUAGCUUCUCCCACCAAUGGAAGCGUCUUCCCAACUUCCACUUUGUCAAGGCCAUUCAGUAUUCUGAAAGUUUCAAUUAGAUCUCUUCGCCCCCCCCCCCCACCAUCCAUCUAAACUCCAAUGAAUUUAGUCCCAGAGCCCUCAAAUGGUCCUAAUAUGUUAAGCUUUCCAUUCCUGAGACCAUUCUUGUGAACCUCCUCUGGACCUGCUCCAGGGCCAUUACAUCCUUCCUGAGAUAUGGGCCCCAAAACUGCACACAAUACUCCAAAUGUGUCCUGACCAGAGCCUUUUAUAGCCUCAGUAGUACUCCCCUCUGGACUGAAGAAAGCUUUUGAGGAAGAACCCCUCAAAGUUGACACUUGUCCAUGUUGAGCAGUCACACUAAGGGCAUUGAGCCCUUGAACAUUGUGAGAAAAGAUUGAAUAUCCAGAGCAGAGGAUGAGGUGGAUGGGAGCUGGAAGUAAGUGUGGGCCACCUCCUUGCUUGCAAAGUGGGAUAAUUGCCCAGUGUUGUCGUGGAUAGAAAGGCUUGUUCCAUGGCCUCUUAUUCCUGGUGUUAACCAUGUUUUCCUCGGAGUGCAGCCAUUUUGAAUUAUUGGUGCUGACUCCCAGAAUUAAUUGCCAAGUCUGUGAGUGGCUUUUCCAAGAAGAAUGAGGAAUUUCCACUGUUUCAUCUGGGAAAUGGAAGCUUGUAAACAUUUCCAGAAGCCUCAGGGAUAUGGCAGAGACAGCAUUGCCUGAGAGAGGCGAGAUGGAAAAAGAGAAUUCCCACAAAAAAUAGUGCCAAAGAUGCUCCUCCUCUGCAAUUUUUCAGACACCUCAGAGUUCUGGUUGUUCUGAAUUCCAAUUGACAAGGGUCACAGGGCUGAGUUGAUUCAUUAUAUCUCUUGGCCCCUUUCUGCCAAGGUUGCCAGCUGUGGUUAGAUAUAUACCUGGAGGUUUGACCUAGCCUCACGUCAACAGAAAAAUAAGUUAGGUUGACUACUAAUAUCUUUGUAAGAUGUAAACAAAGUUUUUAAAGGAGAGUUCUCAUAAACACAUGAUGGGAUUAUCAUCCCUCAUUCGGCCAGUAUUUUUUUUCUGUGGAGAUUACCUUUUACUGUCAGAAAUGCCAGGACUACUCUGGAAGGUUGACAACCCUACUUUUUUCUGCCAGGAUUUUCUCCCAAAUUUCUAUGCAUCGCAGACAUUCCCCUUAACUGCGAGUCACAUAGCUCUUUUGGCCAAUUGACCACAUAGUUCCCAUUUGGGUGUGAUUUGAAUAUUAUCUGGCUGUGCCAGGCCUGAGGCCCACAUUAGACCAACAUCUUGUUGGCAUGAGACAGCUAGCUUCAUUCAAGCCUGUGUUGGUUGGUGUUAGCUAAAGCCAUGUCAACUGCUGGGUCGAAGAAGAUCAUUUGUAUGCUUGGCGCAGAUUCACUGAGAUUGGCUCUGAGGUGGGCUUCAGUACACAGGCAGAGGAAGAGCCUGAAUUUAGACCUUACUAAAGACCUGAUCUUGGCCUUGUGCUCCCAAAAGGUGGCCGUAGCCUCUUUGAAUUUUGCUCUUCUUUUAAGAGAUUAAAAGUGAUGAAACGAUUACAUUUAAAACUGAGGGCUUUUGGUGGCAAAUAAAUCUUCAGAACUGCUUGGCAAACACUAAACCUGCAAAUUGUAUAUGUGGUUUUCUAGCCACUUGCCUUCUCCUAGGUGUGUGUGUGUGUGUGUGUGUGUGUGUGUGUGUGUGUCUGCGUGUGUGUGUGUGUGAGAGAGAGAGAGAGAGAUAUCCUAGGGCCUCUAGACAGUAUUGUGUGACUGGGCCUAGCCAGAAGAACCAUGUUGAUGCCCUGCCCCAGUGUGCUACCCUAGUUGAGCUAGUAAAUGAUGUUACUUCUAUUGUAUAACACCCCUGGAGUUGGGUAGUGCCAACAUACUUAUUAGUGUUGACUACAGCCUUGGAAACAAACAUAGAAGGCGCAGAGAUGAUUGACCAUCUGUUCUGACAGCAUUCCCCAAAUGAGCCAGUAGGAGCUGAGAUAGGAUUUGCGUUGGCCUAGAAAGAAAACCAUCCCAUGACGCAGUAAACCUUUGAGCCCUGACAUUCCUCUCCAGCCAGCCUGGAUCUAACAGGACAACAGGCUGUAAUCAGGUGUCCCAGGACAAGGGCAAGCAAUAAAUUGGCCACUCUCUAUGUGCCACCUAAUGCCAUCGAGAAUCCGUGGGUUGGUCAGCGGGAGGAGUGACGGUGUCCACUUGUGCUUUCAGAGUAAAUCCACUGCCACCAGUCAUAGAAUCCCUACAGAGUGGAAGCAGGCCAUUCAGCCCAUCAAAUCCACACUGACCCUCCAACGUGCAUCUCAGCCAGACCCACCCUUCUCCCUGUAAUCCUGCAUUUCCCAUGGUUAAUGCAGCUAGCCUGCACGUCCCUGGAUUUAUCUAUCAGCAGAAAAUACUAAAUGCCACCCUCUGCACACUACCCCUCAAUAUCAUGCCAACCCAGAGGCAGAGCAGUGUGACUCCAGACAGGAGUCUCUCUUCCAUUGUGGGUGGGUUAACUUGGCAGCUCUUUUAGUCUUGACACCUUCGUAAAGAAGGGCCCACUGGUGGUUAAGCAUUGCCUUGGGGGCUGAUGGAGAGAGUAACAAGCCAAGGACAGUGAACAAUUAUUUACAUAGCCAGCAGAUCUCUUGUGACGUUGUCCGCAGCGAGCGGGCACAUACCCUGUCUGACAGCGACAGGGGGCGUUACCAACUAAGUGUUACAGUGAGCCAGUGCAACACUUCAUGGAAGUGCACACUGUGUGCAAGGCUUUUAAUAUAUUAUAUCAAUAUCUAGGCAAUAUGAAGGCAUGUGGCCACUGUCUGUUUUAUAAAGAGAGAGUCUACCCUGUGGUAAUGUGAUGUCAGUCAGUUUUCCAAGUCCAUUCGGCAAAAGUUACUGUCAGUGCUGCUAUAUGCUUGUCAUUUCUCUAGUGGGUCAGUGAGGCGUCCCUCACUGAACUUUCCUCACUAACCCAGAGUCUAGCAAAUACAUAUCCCUCCAUCACACACUCCCAAUCAUAUGUACUCUCUCAAUCCUUUCAUGGUCACGCACUGGUGUAGUGGUAAUGUCACUGGGCUAGUAAUCCAGAAGACCAUGCCAGUGCACCGAGGAGAUGGUUCCACCAUGACAGAUGGUUUACUUAGAAUUCAAUAAAAAAGAAAAAGGAAAGGCUAGCCUACUGGUGAUCAGAUUGUCAUUUUAAAAAAAAACUACCCAGCUAAUUCAUGAACGUCCUUCAGGGAAGGAAAUUCACCAUCAUAGCAUACGUGUGACUCCAAGCCCAUAGUAAUGUGGUUGGCACUUUGGGCAAUAAGUGCUAUUCAUGCCAGUGAAGCCCAGAACCCACAAGAGAAUUAAAAAAAAUACCCCCACCAUCUCCACCUCUGGAAUUGGGUAGACAUGACCUUGUCCUGAGCAUGCUCCGUGCUACAUCACCAAGGGCAAAUCCCCGGGCUGACUGAUUCAAUCGUGUAUGGUGGCACUGAGUUGCACGACAUUCCCCUUUGCAGCAUUUACUGGUUGGCCAGAGCCUGCAAGAUUGAUGUCCAUCUUGGGUAGAUGUGGUUUGGCAUUUACCAUUCACUGAGCUUGGGGUGGUAAGGUUACCGACCCUUGGCACCCAAAGUCCUGGUUAGUUUGAGGCCGUCGCUAGGUCUGCUGUACAAAGAGGGACAAGAGUAUGGUUCAUUCAUUACCUUUGGAAGGGCUACCUGCUGUAUCCCACUAAUGCCUGGAGUUGGGAAUUUGGCCGUGUGCUUUCAUAAUCUCAGUCAGUGGCUACAUUGUUAUCCAAUAAUGCUGAGCUGCACUAUGUGUUCUUUGCCAACUGUGACCCUUAUGUCCUUCAGCCAGGACAAGGGUUGAGGGCUUGAGUCACCAAUGCAUUCUGCAUCCCUACCCCCCAAAAUGCUAGUGCCAUCCUCUGAAUGGAUGGAAUUCCAACAUGCCAUCUGGCAG